UGGACUUGAACAGCCCAACGCAUGCGAUGUCGGUAACAUCCGGGGUUCGGACAAGGAUGAACGCCAAUUUCCAAGAUGGCGGCGGAGGGAGGAGGGAAGGAGAUAAACGAAAUUAAAACUCAGUUCACUACACGGGAAGGCGUCUACAAACUCCUCACUCAAUCUGAAUACAGCCGCCCGAAUAGGGUGCCUUUCAACUCCCAGGGCUUCAAUCCUGUCAAGGUCUCCUUCGUCAAUGUAAACGAUCAAUCCGGCAACGGCGAAAGGAUUUGUUUCAAUGUGGGCCGGGAACUGUACUUUUAUAUAUACAAAGGCGUGAGAAAGGCUGCUGAUCUUAGUAAGCCCGUAGACAAAAGGAUAUACAAAGGAACGCAGCCCACAUGUCAUGACUUCAACCCAUUCACAGCUACAGCGGAGAGCGUCUCCUUGCUGGUGGGUUUCUCAGCCGGCCAAGUGCAGCUCAUAGACCCAAUAAAGAAGGAAACCAGUAAACUUUUCAAUGAAGAGAGACUUAUAGACAAGUCAAGAGUAACAUGUGUACGAUGGGUUCCUGGUUCAGAAAGUCUGUUUCUGGUGGCUCACUCCAGUGGCAACAUGUACUUGUACAACACAGAAAACACCUGUGGCACCACUGCACCUCACUACCAACUCCUUAAGCAGGGUGAAAACUAUGCUGUGCACACCUGCAAGAGCAAGUCAGCCCGUAACCCGUUGUUACGCUGGACAGUGGGUGAAGGUGCCCUCAAUGAGUUUGCUUUCUCUCCAGAUGGCAAGUUUCUGGCUUGUGCGAGCCAGGAUGGUUUCCUGCGGGUAUUUGGUUUUGAUGCUGCAGAGCUCCACGGAACAAUGAAGAGCUACUUCGGUGGCUUACUGUGUGUGUGCUGGAGCCCAGACGGACGAUAUAUUGUGGCAGGAGGGGAGGAUGACCUGGUGACGGUGUGGUCAUUUUCAGACUGCAGAGUGAUUGCGCGGGGACAUGGACACAAGUCGUGGGUGAGUGUGGUUGCAUUUGACCACUGUACCACCAGUGUGGAGGACUGUGACCCCCCUGCUGAAUUUAGCGGUAGUGACGAGGACUUCCAUGAGCAGAUUCCCUUUGGUGCAGGCAGAGACCGAGCUAACAGCGCUCAUUCUCGGCUUUCUAAAAGAAACUCUACAGAUAGUAGGCCUGUUAGUGUGACCUACAGAUUUGGCUCAGUGGGUCAGGAUACCCAGCUGUGUCUGUGGGACCUUACAGAGGACAUUCUCUUCCCUCACCUCCCAUUAUCUCGCACUAGGACUCACACUAAUGUUAUGAGUGCCUCAAGCCCUUCAGCCACUGGACAAACUACCAUUACUGAGUCCACCACCACCAAUAUUCCCAGUGGCACCAAUGGUAAAGACAAUGCUAGCAAUAGUAGCUCCAGUAGUAACCCAGUUAACUCCCUCCCGAACACCCUGCCUCGGUCCAAUAGCCUGCCAUACUCGUCCAACCCAGCAGGUGGCAGCACCCCCAACAGCCACACAGGCAGCAAUAGCAGCAGCACCACCAAGAGCAACAGUAUCAUUGACAGUGCUUUCAUAGCUACUGGAGUCAGCAAGUUUGCAACACUGUCAUUACACGAGUCACGCAAGGAGCGGCACGAGAAGGACCACAAACGAAACCACAGCAUAGGUCACAUCAGCAGCAAGAGCGGUGACAAAGUCAACCAGCUUAGCGCAUCACGGACUGCAAAAGCUGACGCAGCUAAGACUCUAGGCACUAGGUUGUGCCCAUGCAUGGAGGAGGUGCCGCUACUCGAGCCACUGGUGUGUAAGAAGAUUGCUCACGAGAGACUCACUGUGUUAAUCUUCCUGGAGGACUGUCUGGUAACAGCCUGUCAGGAGGGUUUCAUUUGCACAUGGGCUAGGCCUGGGAAAGUGGGAUUGCUAUCAUCUCAAAACAACCCAGCCAACUCCCCCAGUGGAACAGUAGUAUAGCCCCAGUGCUGGUGCUGCUAAUGACAGCUCCAUGUAACAGAGACUGGAAUGACCAAGGCCUAGGCCCUGCAGCGCUUCUUCACACACUGUCACACACCACAUGACCUCCAGUGUCACCUUCAUUCUCAUCACUACAGCUACCCAGAUGUGCUCUUUCUGUUACUGUUAACAUUUAGAGAACCAACGUUGGCCAAACUAGGGUGAGAAACCUGACCCCGUUUGUCUGGGGAUGAAAUGGGUGCUAGGGUGGAAGUAGGAGGGCAAGCUUUAAAUCAUCCAGGAGGUUUAUGGGAGGGGUUAAGUUUCUCAGUGUUUCACCUAUGGUUGAAUCAAGUCAUGUCUAGCCUGCAGUUAAACUAGUACCCAAUGCUUUGUGCCUGUAGAUGUUUAAAGACUAGACAAGAUGCCUCAAACUGGUUUUGUUUUUAUUGUGUGGACCGGGGGGGAUUUGGACAAUAUUUAGUUGCUUGAGGGAUUGUUUUAGAGCUGUGAAAUAUCCCCAUUUCCAAACCCCCCCCCCACCCCUUUUUUUUUUUUAACCUGGGCGAUACCUUGCGCAGCCAAUGUUAUCAAAAAUCUGCUGAAGAGAGACUGGAGUCUUUUACUUCCUUAACAGAUAUUUUAACCAGAGGUAUCACACUUAAGUGUGUUUUGCACAGAUUGUCUAACAUUAUUGGGGUUUUUUUUCUUCUUUUUUUUUCUCAUUUUGAAUUCAUGAUAGCGGAACACUAGCAAAACAUUUUGACGACAGUUUUGGAAGCACUGGGGGAAGCGGCGUGUUAUUGCCCUCUCUCAAAGCUGGAUGCUGCAAUCAUAGUUUUUAUAUGGAAAAAAAAUUGUUUGCACUUAAUAGUUUGUUAGAUGAGAAUGGCUUUACAUUUUUGGAGUGUCUAAGGACUCCUUGACAAGGUUGAAAUAUAAAUAGAAUUAAAGGCCUUUGUAUCUAUUGAGCAUUUAUUUUAAUAUUGUUUCAAAUUAAAUGGGAUGUAUUAUAUGUAAAUAUUGUAUUUCAGUGAUUUAUGGGUGAAAUGAUUAUAGUUGAAAGAUUCAGAUUUCAGAAAAUAGUGAUAUUUCUAAUAUAGAAGAUCUAAUAUUAAAAUGAAUUUUGAAUAUGCAGGUGAAAACAUUUCUUUUCUGUUGUACAUAAAGAAAAUUCAGGUGUAUUUUUAUUAUUGAGAAGUUUGGUAUAGGAGAUGUCUAUGAAAUCCUCUUAUCUAACAGGUAGUGCUGAAUGCUAGUUAGCCUGUCAGUGCAGGUUCCUUUUACAACAUAGGCAGGUAGGUGCAGAUGCAACAGAGUAAUUCAGCCAUCACUUUGAGCUCAGGUAAACCACAGGAAGACUAACGGCAGAGUUCCCCUCACCCAUUAGCACAAGUUCCACCCAUCAACAUGCGUGUGAAUUUACUUCAACUAAUAAAUAAAGACUGACAACCAUGUUCUGCAGACAGGGCUGAAGUCUGUGACUAUUGUGAGUAUUAAUUACGGAACUGAUGCUGAACUUGUGAACAAACAUUUGACACUGUGUUGAAUACCAGCUGGCAAAACUG